UCGCUCUAUCGGCUCAAUACUAUUACUAUCUUGAAAAUACAAAAUGUUAUUGUUGUGCGGAAUAUUGAAAAUGACUCAAUAACUCAUAAAAUGUAAACAACUUUUCUAAGUUUAAUGUUUAUUUAAAAUGACCAGCUUAUACUUCGAUAUAAAUGAAAAUCAGUGGCCACUCAUUUACGAUGAAAAGUACAAUGUGUCUGUGGGCGGUCUAGAGAAAUUUCACGUUUUUGACGCCAAGAAAUGGCGUAAUAUUAUUCAAUACCUAAAGGAUGCAGAAUUCAUUACUGACGAGUGCUUGGUGAAACCUAACGAAGCUCAAAAAAGAGAUUUGAGACGAGUUCAUACAAAACGAUACCUAAAUUCAUUAAAAUGGAGCAUGAGGGUGGCCAUUAUAGCAGAGGUGCCCAUGGUUGCGUUGCUCCCGAAUAUAUGUGUCCAGUAUGCGUAUUUGAAGCCUAUGAGACUUCAGACCGGCGGCUCAGUAUUGGCUGGGAAGCUGGCGCUCGAGCGUGGCUGGGCAGUGAACGUGGGUGGGGGCUUUCACCACUGCAGCGGCGACCGCGGCGGCGGCUUCUGUCCCUACGCGGACAUCACGCUGCUCAUCCGCUUCCUUCUGGACAGCGAGCUAAUUCAGAACGCUAUGAUCGUCGACCUGGACGCUCAUCAGGGUAAUGGAUACCAGCACGAUUUCCUAGGCGUGCCAGAGGUGUACAUAAUGGAUAUGUACAACAAGCACAUUUACCCUAAGGACCGCGAGGCGAAGCAGGCGAUUCGCCGCAAGAUCGAGCUCGGACAUCGCGUUGAAGAUCUGGAGUAUAUGCUGAAACUGAGGCAUAAUCUAAAAGCGGCGUUAAAGGAGUUCACACCCGACAUUCUGGUGUACAACGCCGGCACAGACAUACUGGACUCGGACCCUCUCGGCAACUUGAGGAUUAGCAGUGUGGGUAUAAUUAAACGGGAUGAAUUCGUGUUCGAAAUGUGCAGAUCCAUGAAGAUACCAAUAGUAAUGCUGACAAGCGGUGGUUACCUCAGGAAGACCGCCAGGAUCAUCGCGGACUCCAUCAUGAACUUGCACAGAAAAGGACUGAUCACUGGUAACUGCCCAGUGGCCUAUGAAGAUUCGUAGGGCUGAAAGCUCGGGCAGAGGGCGCCACUUAAUGCUCAGAUAGACCGCUGAAUAUUGAGGUAAAACUAGAGUUGUGCCGUUUUCGAUUCUCCAUUUUGUACAAGAAACGUAGCUCGAAAAUAUUUCCCAUAGUAAACGGAGAACGUUCUCGAAAAAGGCACAAAUAAGUAAAACCAGUCGACCGAUCAAAAUUUUAGCCCCUCUUAACAAAAGCAAGGCGGUGGGAGUCAGCGUUCCGCGGCCCAGAGGUUACACGAUUAUAUGCACACGACGUAAUAAGGAUCUCGACUCGCUGACGCAGAUUUUAAGCGAGAAAAGAUAUCGUGACUUUAGGUAUGUCUGGUUGUAGUUGCGUCUUUGAUUUUGAUAUUUAACUAUUUGAACGCUUUAUGUCUAACUCAAACAUCACUCAAUGCCAUAGAGAUAUAAGAACUACAUACAUUAAUUUUGGUACCAAAACGCUUAUUAUUUUCGUAGUCGACAUCUAUCAUCAAGUAGGGGAACUCUCAGUACUGCUACUCGACAAUAGAUGUCGCGGCAAACAAAAAGUCUAAUGCUCAACGAUUUUCCGCUAAUAUUAUAACCAGAGUAACAGAAACUCUUUUCAACUCCUACGCUUACUCCGGUUACAAUAUUAGCUGAAAAUCGUUGAGCAUUAGACUUUUUGUUUGCCGCGACAUCUAUUGUCGAGUAGCAGUACUGAGAGUUCCGCUACUUGACGCUAUAUGUAGACUACGUAAAUAGUAUUUUUGGCAACAAAACCGUUGUAUGGAGUGAGCAUUCUUGGUCUUCUUAAUUAACGCCAAGAUCCCGGACGCAUGGGAGCUAAUGUAACCCUUACUCGAAAGUGUGAAGGUUACUUUGACAGCGUCCGCCAUAACACCUAUAGACUAUGGAAGGUGGAGGUACUAUAGACCCUAUAGUUGUUCUUGGCGCUGUUGGUACAUCUAGUAACGACGACUUUAGGUAUUAUUGGCAUUCAAAAGGUUAAGACACCGCACACCGGCUGUGUGUGGGGUAAAACGUUGGAGCCGUGCGCGCACACGGCACGCAAGCGGUGUGCCGUCUUUUAUAAGGGUCUGCAUAUUACAACACACACGUGGACGUCUACGCAUACGCAACCGGUGUGCACAGGCCUGAAGAAUAUAUCGUUAAUACAUUGCCAUCUAGUUCAACGUAAACCAUUUUACAAUAUGUUGUUCAACUAGGUAUAUCUCCUAUACAUAGUUAUUUUGUGUAUGGUUGUAAAAAAAUACUUAUUUUGACAGAAACCAACCAUUUAUUCGUUUUGUAGAGUCACGUCUGAAAACAUCGACACGAUCGAAGUGCCAAAAGUAUGUACACACAACUUUAUGGCCCACAUAUUAGGGUAGUGUAUACAUAUUUUUGGCACCUUGCCCGUAUUGAUACUUUUAGACGAGACCGUACAUGUAAAUAAUGUGUAUAAAUUCAUUUUAAAAUAUUCACGGAAUCUUUACCUCUUGGUUGGCUGCCCUCAUCGCAGUAACACCUAAACGAUAAAAUAGAAAUUAUGAAGUUUUUAAUUUAAAAAUCGGUGUUAGUGAUCUAAUUAAAUUGAUCUCAUUUAAUAAGGUGCCAAAUAUUUAUAUUAAGUGUUAGUGCAAAUAAAAUUUGCUGUUAGCAUCUUGAAAAGAUUUAGCCUAGUCUUCAAUAAUGUGAUAGCAAUAUUAUUAUUUUCAAAUAAAAUAUUUUCUUCUACA